AUAUUAAAAGCUUUGAAGAACAUCAAUUUUUUUCUUUCUUCUUCAUGAUGGGGUCUUUUAUGCUUCUGGAAUUGGUGGGAACUUUGAAGGAAUCGCAGAAACUUUUCUUCAGAAAUGUUAAGCUCAUGUCUUGCAUCUUCCUGCUCAUAAUUUCUCUUAGCUCUAUCCUCUUUUUGAGUUGUAUGUUGUCCAUUAAACCACCAAUCACUGAUUUUUCCCUCAAGGCAAGGCUUCUACCAGCUACGUCUCCCGGCACCCCGGAAUUCGCAAACCUUCUGAGUAGUUUGAAAGGCGACCUCCGAUUAUUUGUUGGACUAGAGUGGAUUUUUGUUAUCGCAUUCUGUUUUUCCUCUUUGUUCUUUGCAACAGCUUCAAUCUUAGCAUCGGCAGUAACCUAUUGUGGGAAAGACAUGUCUAUCAAGGAACUUCUAUCAAGGGCCGUGAAAUCAUUGAAAAGACCGUUUCUUACUUGGUUUUACAUAACCCUUCUUCGUCUGGGCUAUUAUCUAUUUCUCAUAGCCUUUCUGGUUUCUUUGGUGCUGAUUUUCGAUCUUACGUUCACUGAGCCUUCUUUAUCAUCUAUAAUCAUAUUGCUCCCAGCUAUAGUUUUCGAAGCUUAUCUAGCUGUUGUUUGGAAUUUA